UCGAUGUGACGGUGUUCCGUUCUUUACCUUGAAGCUUUACUUUCCUACCUUUAUUUACAUCAAUAACUUAUGCUGGGACAAACGCAUAGGUUAAUCCUGAGAAAAUCAAUACAUGAAUAUCUAAAAUUCAUAAUAGAAUUUACUUGAGCUUCUCAAAUGCGUCAUUGCAUCUUCUUUAGCCAUUACGUUUUACAAAUAUUCAAUGGCUAAUAAUGGUAUAAGCCAGGGAAGCUCUCAUAUCCUUGGGGCAGCUUCGACAUUUCAGCAUAGCAAAGUACCACCCCAAGAAGAUGAAUCAGAAUGGGAAUAUGAAUAUUCCAAUACUGAGACUGAGACGUUCUACGUUACACUGGAUCUCUCCAAGGCAGAUUUCACCAGUCGUGAAACAGGCUCAGCUUACCGAGGAAAUGAAAAGUACGAGAGAGCCAAACUCUACUUGAAUAGACGUACGAGUCCGGGACAUGAAAAUGAAGAUGGUGCGGGAAAUAGUGAUGAAGACGACAAUAUCUCCCGAAACCAAGAACUUAAGGAACCCCAACAGGAGGAAGACAUCGACCAGGGAGACGAUCACCAAGUUCAAAUCCUCGAGCUGCACUCGGAAAACCCCGUUAUAUCAUAUAAAGGACGUGUGUACUCAGGCCAAUGGAGCCAAAAUGUCGGCACAGAGCUUCUCAUGACAAAACAUGACGACGAGAACCCACUCCCCGUUGUCCGACGCUUGGACCAAGAUGUUGACAUCCUGGCCGCAAGUUGCUCGCGCAUCACCGUCAAAGAGAAACAACUCAACCCGAAAGAUGAUGCAUCAAACCGCCAACGCGGUGUUAACGGCUCCGAUGGCUUGUCGUAUCCCCAACCUGUAGUACCUCCCGCGGAGCGUUGGUCGUCACGCGAACGCAUCGACCAGGGUAAUUUCUUAGCGAAUUUCAUCGCACUGAAGAAGCGGCGGGGAGAGACAGAUGAAGUAACUGUUAUUGCAAGAGGUGUGGACCCGAGACCUCAUCGCAAUCGCAGCAGAAAAGAGAAGAUGAAGCACGGACACCGUGGCAAGUUUAACUUGCCGCAUACGCGGGGCCCUAGAAGGGCGAAGCGCUCGGAUAUCCUUAGUACGCUGUUGAUUCGCGAGCAUGAGGAGGUGCCUGGGGAAGAAGGUGAGGGGGGAGUGUCUACGCCUACGCCGCAGCGGUGGGAUGAUCUAGCUGGUGGAGGUGAAGAGAUAGGGGGAGAGGAUGGAGAGGAUGAAGAGCAAGAUAAGGUCGGAAAUUCUAAGUCUAAUGAGGAGGAAGACGAAGUCGACGGUAUGGAUGUGGAUGGGCCUUAGGAGCGCUCGCCAUGGUUCCAUGCCAAUUAAUUAAUAAUGGCUAGCUCUUGUCUUAGCAACCACGAGGCGAACUCUAAAGAUGGGUGAGAUUGCUACGUAACAUAUCAUCUAUUUGAUACCCCCCUUUUUCUUCCCCAAGCCUAUUAUUUUAUCUUACCUGUGAUCCCAUUACACCUCAGGCGAGUCCGGUGAUUUUAUGACCGCUUAACCCACCACCACCAAGAGUCGAAAAUGCAGGCUUAAAAGAGAUCGUCAAUGCUCUUAUCCGCAUCUUUCUUGAUCAAGUCCACCAUACCCUAAACAUUAAAUAGUUAGAUAGGACAUUGUUAUAUAUCAAGCGAAGCAUUUUAAUGGAUGGUGUGCAAAAAUAUGAUUAUAGGGGAAGGGUUCUCACCUCGGGCAUGAUUGGCUUCUCA